AUGUUGUCUUAUUCAAGAUUGCUUCGAAGCGGGAGGAAUUUUCAUACGUCUAUCCAAUCAUUACAGCACUCAGGGUCAUUCGUGUUUCCAAAUAAAGAAUUAACCAAGACUAAGUUUAUAUUCGAUAAAAACACCCACACAGUUGAACAAAUUACCAAUAAUGCGAACAGUUUUGAGAAUUCAAACAUUGUAAUCAAUGGCUGGUUGGAAAAGAAACCAAAGAAAAUUGGAAAAAAUUUAAUAUUUGCUACGCUACGUGAUACUAAUGGUGAUACUAUUCAACUUGUUGAUUCAGAGUCUCUAUUAAAGUAUAGAAACGUUGAGGAUGUUGUACAAAUAAGAGGGAAGCUUUCAGCUAAGAGAAAAGCCGCAUCUAGCAAUGGUAAUGUUAAAGAAUAUGAGAUUAAAUUAAGUGAUAUAAAUGUCCUUAAUUCAUCUAAUGAAAAACCUGCUCAACUGAAGGAUCAAAAAUUGUCCGGUAUAUAUCCUCCAGAAUAUAGAGUCUUACAAUUGAGAUUACCAAGUCAACAAUUAUUACUAAAACGAAAGAAUGAAGUAUCUAAACUUCUUAGAAAUUUAUUAGAUAAGGAAAAUUUCGUAGAAAUUGAAACUCCAACCUUGUUCAAGCCUACACCCGAAGGUGCAAGGGAGUUUUUGGUACCAACCAGGUCAGGAAAAUUCUAUGCCUUGACUCAGAGCCCCCAGCAAUAUAAACAAAUGUUGAUCGCAGGAGGAGUUACCCGUUAUUUUCAAUUAGCAAGAUGUUUUAGAGAUGAAGAUAUGAGGAAAGAUAGACAACCAGAAUUUACGCAAUUAGAUCUCGAAAUGGGAUUUGCUAAUGGUGAAGAUAUUAUGUACUUGAUCCAGAAUCUGAUUUGUGAAACAUGGUCCAAAUUUGCUCCUCUCUCAAAUAAACAGUUGAUGACACUAAAUAAUUCUGGCAAGUUGAAAGACGUGAAUUCAGGAAGCGAUAUUUAUCGGAUGACGUACAAAGAAGCAAUGACCAAAUACGGUAUUGACAAACCUGAUUUAAGAGCACCAAAUUUAAAAAUUAUGAGCUUGCGGGAGUUUAAUAUCCAUAGUUAUCAAAAUUUAGACUUCCCAAUUUUUGAAGUAAUCAUUAUUAGAAACGCUGUGAAGUCAAAAGAAGAUUAUAACAACCACUGGGCUAGGUUAUUACAGAAGGAUGAUUAUUCAAAUAGAGUACCGAUCGGUGUUCCAAUUUUGUCUGAUGCAGAUCAAACAAAUUGGUUCAACUCAUUUUCCGAAGUUGCAACGUUUGAAAAUCCAAUACUGUUAAAUAAGUCUCUAAGAUUACAAAAAGGUGAUGUUAUAUUUGGAUCGUCUCGUGAGUCAGAUUCAUCUAUAUUUGAAAAUCCAACGCCUUUAGGUAGAUUACGUCAGCUAAUACUUAAUACACCAAAGGGUCAAGAACUAUUCUACGAAACUAAAAAUGAUGUUGCCACUUGGGUUGUUGAUUUUCCUUUAUUCUCACCUGUUGUCUCAGAAAAUAAGAAAAUGACAAACUACCCUGAAUACGAGAAUAAACUAUGUUCUACCCAUCAUCCAUUCACUAUGGUCAAACUUGACGAUUAUGACAAUCUGAGAGAGCAUCCUUUACAGGUUAGGGGUCAACACUACGACUUUGUAAUGAAUGGUGUUGAAUUAGGUGGUGGGUCAACCAGAGUGCACGAUCCUGAAUUGCAAGAUUUUAUAUUCGAAAAUAUCUUGAAAAUUUCUAACGCCAAAGAAUUAUUUGGUCAUUUAUUAGAGGCACUGGCUAUGGGUGCUCCGCCUCAUGCAGGUUUCGCUAUUGGGUUUGAGAGAAUGUGUGCCAUGUUAUUUGGCAGGGAGAGUAUAAGAGACGUCCUGGCUUUCCCUAAAAGUGUGAGUGGCGUUGAUCUAGUGGUUAAGAGCCCUGCAUUUGUAGAACAAGAUGUGUUGAAACCAUACAAUAUCCAAUAUAUACCUUCCAAAAAAAAUAGCGAAGCAAAUUAA